UGUGGCCAGAGCACAGAAUAAAAUCUUGUAUAUAACAACUGAGAAGAAGCUUGAUGCUGUUUUACAUGGGGGACUUGAGAAAGGGUACAAAGCUUAUAAAUCUACUAUUUUUUGAUGGAUAAUGUAAGCCAUUAUUCAGGCCUAUAAGUUGUUCAGUAGAGACCACUCUACAAUAGUUAGGAUUUACUCCACCAGGUGUGUCCCUUCCUCAUGAGCGGAUGAGCUUAGGGUAUCUUGCAAUGUGAUUUGCCAUGUAUCAACUUGAUCUUCAGUGCGUUUUGGAUUAAAGAUCUUCUAGUCUUCAGAUGCUUGUACUAAAGGGCUUGACUAUGUGUUCUGUCCUUGUUGUGUCUAAUUUUCCGCUUCCAUUUAUUGAAGAUGUUUGUUAAUGCUUUCGCUAUUUCCCAUACCAGACUGACAGGGCAGGAAGUACCCAGGUGGAAGAAAGAUAGAAUUGGUUUCUUUACCUGUAAUUUUAUCAGCAGCAGGCAGGUACCUGCUGCACAAUCAGAAUCCACUUGUGCUUAUCUAAGAAUUCUCUAAGCCUUAUUGGCUUGAAAAGGCAAGAGAAUAACAUGUGGGGGCUGAAUAAGAGACAUUGAUCUAGCAAAACAUUUUAGUUGUUUAUUUUACUAUGUGGUGGGUGGGGAGAAGGAGAUAAAGAGAGACUUGUAUUUUCCUGCUUUUUGGUAAUAUUUUUCUAAUGUUGUUCUUAGUCUUUUAUGUAUCCUCAGCUAUAGCAGUAUGCCUGAGCUGUAAAUGUGUCAAGAGUCAUCAGGCGACUCCAGAAAUCAGCUUUGGGGCUAGGGGGAGAAUUCAUGAGGGUCUGGUGUCUACCUCCAAAGCAUGGAAUGAAGGCAAAAGGUAGGCCUUGUCUCACAAAUGGACUGAGAACACUGUCCAGUUGAAAAUUACAGGUAAGGAAACAAACUUUACUGUUUAAUAAAGGAUGUUAUGAGGAUGCCUACUGCUGUUUGCAAAAGGGCAAUAGUGGCAGGGAAUGAAAGCAAACCAAAACAUCCACACAAUAAGAACUGAUCACUCUCCAAAAGUCUCAUUUUGGCUUCAGCUAGUCAGAUCUUUUCCACCUGCUGGCAGAACACAGUCUAUAGGAAGUUUCAGAGAGGAGGAAAAAAAGGAGGAUGUUUUGUCAUCUUGCUGGAAGGAAGAACUGUAAAUGAUUCCUCUGUUUUGUGUUUUAGUUGUUGGUCAUCAUUGAUUCACCUCUUCUACAACAUUGAAUCAGCACUUCUGAAAACAGAACCUGCAGAGCAGUUAAUUGGUUUUAGAAAUCCCAGGCUUGAAGAUGCAGUGGACGCCGGAGCAUGCCCAGUGGCCAGAACAGCACUUUGAUAUCACUUCAACUACCCGGUCUCCUGCUCACAAGGUGGAAGCAUACCGUGGACAUCUGCAGCGCACCUACCAGUAUGCCUGGGCCAAUGAUGACAUCUCUGCUCUGACUGCCUCUAAUCUAUUGAAAAAAUAUGCAGAAAAGUAUUCUGGUAUUUUAGAAGGCCCAGCCGACCGACCCAUCCUUAGUAACUAUUCUGAAGCUCCGUCAGCACUGGUGAAUGGUCGGAAGAAUGAAAAUGAACCCUGGCAGCCUUCUUUGAACUCAGAGAGUGUUUAUCCUAUGAACUGUGUCCCGGACGUUAUUACUGCCAGCAAAGCUGGAGUAAGUGCAGCCCUCCCUCCAGCAGAUGUCUCUGCCAGUAUAGGGAGCUCACCUGGGGUGGCCAGUAACCUGACAGAACCUAGUUAUUCUAGUAGUACCUGCGGAAGUCAUACAGUACCUAGUCUUCAUUCAGGGCUCCCAUCUCAGGAAUAUGCCACAGGAUACAAUGGAUCUUAUUUACAUACUAGUUACAGUGGCCAGCCAGCACCUGCACUUCCAUCACCUCAUCCAUCCCCUUUGCAUAGCUCUGGCCUCUUACAGCCGCCACCACCGCCGCCACCAGCCCUAGUCCCAGGCUACAAUGGGACUUCUAACCUCUCCAGUUAUAGCUACCCAUCUGCUAGUUAUCCUCCUCAAACUGCUGUUGGGCCUGGGUACAGCCCUGGUGGUGCCCCACCUCCCUCAGCAUACCUGCCUUCAGGAAUUCCUGCUCCUACUCCUCUCCCCCCUACCACUGUACCUGGCUACACCUACCAGAGUCACGGUUUGACGCCAAUUGCACCAUCGGCUCUGACAAACAGUUCUGCAAGUUCUCUCAAAAGGAAAGCUUUCUAUAUGGCAGGGCAAGGAGAAAUGGACUCCAGUUAUGGAAAUUACAGCUAUGGCCAACAGAGAUCUACACAGAGUCCCAUGUAUAGAAUGCCCGACAACAGCAUUUCAAAUGCAAACAGGGGGAAUGGCUUUGACAGAAGUGCUGAAACAUCAUCCUUAGCAUUUAAGCCAACAAAGCAGCUAAUGUCCUCUGAGCAGCAAAGGAAAUUCAGCAGUCAGUCCAGCAGGGCUCUGACACCCCCUUCCUAUAGUACUGCAAAAAAUUCAUUGGGAUCAAGAACAAGUGAAUCUUUUGGGAAGUACACCUCCCCAGUAAUGAACGACCAUGGGGAUGAGCACAGGCAGCUCCUCCCUCACCCAAUGCAAGGCCCGGGACUUCGUGCAGCUACCUCAUCCAACCACUCUGUGGACGAGCAACUGAAGAAUACUGACACACACCUCAUUGACCUUGUAACCAAUGAGAUUAUCAACCAAGGACCUCCUGUGGACUGGAAUGACAUUGCUGGCCUAGAUUUGGUAAAGGCAGUCAUUAAAGAGGAGGUUUUAUGGCCAGUGUUGAGGUCAGAUGCAUUCAAUGGACUGACUGCUCUACCUCGGAGCAUCCUUUUAUUUGGACCUCGGGGAACAGGCAAAACAUUAAUGGGUAGAUGUAUAGCUAGUCAGCUAGGAGCCACGUUUUUCAAAAUCACUGGCUCUGGGCUUGUCACAAAGUGGUUAGGGGAAGGAGAAAAAAUUGUUCACGCUUCCUUCCUCGUGGCAAGGUGUCGCCAGCCUUCAGUGAUUUUUGUUAGUGACAUUGAUAUGCUUCUUUCAUCUCAAGUGAGUGAAGAACACAGUCCAGUAAGUCGAAUGAGAACCGAGUUCCUUAUGCAGCUGGACACUGUUCUGACUUCUGCUGAGGACCAAAUAGUAGUAAUUUGCUCCACAAGUAAACCAGAAGAAAUAGAUGAAUCUCUUCGAAGGUACUUCAUGAAACGACUUUUAAUCCCACUUCCUGACAGCACAGCGCGGCACCAGAUAAUAGUACAACUGCUCUCACAGCACAAUUACUGUCUCAAUGACAAGGAGGUUGCACUGCUUGUCCAGCGCACAGAAGGCUUUUCUGGACUGGACGUGGCUCAUUUGUGUCAGGAAGCAGUGGUAGGCCCCCUCCAUGCCAUGCCAGCCACAGACCUUUCAGCCAUUAUACCCAGCCAGCUGCGGCCAGUUACAUAUCAAGACUUUGAAAAUGCUUUCUGCAAGAUACAGCCUAGCAUAUCUCAAAAAGAGCUUGAUACAUAUGUUGAAUGGAACAAAAUGUUUGGUUGCAGUCAGUGAUACUUCUUAAAAAAAAAAUUGAAAUGAAUGUUGGCACACACACAACCUGCUACAUAGGGUAUAGAACCCCUUUUCAGUAGUGUUAAAAUUGCAAAGGGUACUGGGAAGAUUACAAUUACCUUGCAUCUAAAGAGUCAGGGUAGACUUGAAGGAAAAGUGCAUCAAACAAGAGCUGUUGAUCUGAAAAACCACACAUGACAGAAAGCGUAUGUUGAUGCUCAGUUCUGUUCAAGCUAGACAACACUCACCAAGGAGCAAGGUGCAAGUGGGUUGAUUUCAGAAGGACAUGAACCCUGUGUGUUGAUUCCAUUCUGCUGUUCUUGAGAUUUAGUUGCUGUCAAGUGCCUGAAGUGGUGCUUUAUUUUUUGUUUGCCUCACAAUUACAUUGGUGGCAUGUGCUAAUAUAAAGAGCUUUAACUUCAAACAUUAUUGGACUAAAGAGAUGAACGGUUGUGUUGCGACAGAGAACCAGAUUUUUGCUAUUCUAAGAGCAACAGUAUUCCUCAAUCCUGUCUGUUCUGCAGUAUUAAACUAAGAACAGGUAAAACAGGGUAACGGUAAUCUGGACCUUAAUUUCUGCAGUUCAUUUCUUUUAAUGUUCUGUCUGCAAAAACUCAGGAAAGUGAUUGUGAUUUGUACAGUACCUCAAAGGAAUGUGUUGAAAGCACUAUGUACUGCUGAGAGUUAUAGGCUAGGCUUCAAUGUUACUUUAUAUUAAAUAUGUAUGUUUACCUCAACAAUUGGAAAAUGGCAAGGAAAUUACUUUGAAUGUAUCCAGGAAAAUACUGAAGUGUGAUAUGACUGAAUCUUUACAAUUUUAAAGUAGAAACAGAAGGAUUUCCCAGUGUUAAGAAAUGGGUCUUUUGCCAAUUUUGGGGAUCAGACCAGAGCAGAAUAAUUCUCUUCAUGUCAGUAAACUGGAAGAGUAUUUAGUAUCUUGCUCCUUGAUAAUUAUGCGAUACUGUCUUUAGAAGGUGCCGAGAUGAAAAGAGAGCCACUUAAUCAGUUUAUAUUAGCAUCUGGAACAGUUAAACAUGAGAUUUGGUAGAACUCCGAGAAACAAAUUCCCUUAAACUAUGACUGCUGGCCUUUUAUUUCUUGGUUUUAGUUGUAGUUUUGUGCUUAUUUCGGUAAGGCUGCAGGGAAUGGAACCAUUGUAGGUCACUGGCAAGCUCAGUUGCAGGGCUGUUCAUAGCAAUGCAGUAGACUGUGACCAAACAAUACAAAUAACAAAGCAAAACUGAACCCUCAAAGUACAUUUGUUCCCCUCGCAAACUGUAAAGUUUAGUUUUUAUUGUAUACAUAUGGCUCCAUUGUCCUUACUGAAAACUUCAUUUAGUAUCUGUUAGAAAUCUUCCAGGCUGGAUUGUGCCCACCAUUAUUUCUACCUCAGUUUUGUUACAUUUCUCUUGAAAAGCAAAGUAAGAAAUAGGGCAAAAAAAAAAAAAGUCAGAUUUCAUUAGGAAUGCUAACCUGCUCAACGAGUUUCAGAGAGCUGCUGUUUUCCCUCAAGUCAAGUUUCUCUCUGUACCUUACACGCUCUCCUUUCUCUCCUCCCCCCACUACACAUACUACAGAGUCUUCCUUCUGGAAAGACUAGCUGGCAUGUGUGGCAUUUUGCUCAAUUCUUCCCCCGCCCCACAGUGUCUUUCUUUUUAUCCUUUAAUGCUUUAUGUGCAACUCUUUUCAUGACAGCUGACUGAUGUUGGGUAAUGUCUCUGAACAGGAGCAGAGUAUGCUGCAGCUGCCUCUGCCACUGCAUGAGCAGAACAGCCUUUGUCUUUUUUUUUUUUUUUGGAAUGUAUUUUUUUGUUUUGUUUUACUUUAAAGAGACAGUAACAAAACUGUUGCAAAGCACUGGCAUUUAAUGUUUCUGUUAAGUAAUGUACAUUCAAAAACAUUAAAUAAAUGCACUGAAAAGCCCCAAGAAGAGAGAUACCAAUCUGUUACCAGAUCAUGUUUGUCUUCUUUAAACAAACAAACAAAAAUUAUACAAUCUCAUUCUUUACAUUAAAUCAAUUGAAACUUUUAGCAUUUAGAAAGCUAAUGAGGGAUUUCAUGAUAUCACUGGGAAUUUGAUUCUUGAUUACUGCUUUCCUUUACCUUUCUUUUAAUAUAUAGAUAAACCAGAGCAAAUAAACCAAAAUUUAAUUCCUGGCAAACAUUAUGUCAAUCUAACAAUCUAAAGUUUAUGUUUUAAACAUGAAAGUACCAUUUUUAAAACAGUGCCUUUCAUUAAGGAUACAGAAAGACUUAAAUACACCACCUGCUUUUUCAACAAGUGACUAACAUACACAAUCAUUCUUCUGACCCCUCUUCUGCCAUUUUACCUUCCUUAAUGUUGGUAAAUUCUGAUAUCCCCAUUAGCUGUAGGUUCAUAUUGAUCUCACUGACAAGUUUUACUAUUGCGGGUUGCUGACCCAUUUUCUGUCUUAGACAUUAUAUUUCAUGUUUGCCGUCAAGCUGUGCUCAUCUGAAAGGUUCAGGCAACUUUUGACAAACCAACUCUUGUUUAAACCACUUAUGAUAAAUCCCUAAUAUUAACAGUUUUUUGUGACUAGUAAAAGUAAUGCCAAAUUCUGGACUGCACGAGUGUAUUUUCCCCCACCUUUUACCUAAAACACAAUUAAAUGAAAUUAUAGAUACUCAUUUUGGCUUCCAGCUUUAAAUCAUUAUCUAUAAAAAUACACUCUUGAGAAACUGACUGCUGAAAUGUAUCUUAAUGAACAUGACAGGCAGGCAGAAAAGACAAUGGGAAGAUGUGAAUGCCACAAGCUCAGAUUCCAGGGGCUUGAUUCAACCCUGCAGGCACGGAAGGCUGGAAAUUUCACCCCACGUCUAGCAGCUGCACCUGGGGCUAGGAGGUGAUGGAUUCACCCUUCUCCCAAGAAAGGGUAGUUUUUCUUGCAACUCUGCCCUUCCUUGGAAGUCUUGUUAGAGAGACUUGUGUCUGAUGAAGUGGGCAUUCACCCACGAAAGCUUAUGCUCCAAUACUUCUGUUAGUCUUAAAGGUGCCACAGGACCCUCUGUUGCUUAGACAGGGCAACUUUAAAACAUGGUCAGAGCUCUGUCAGGGGAAGUUCCUUGGAAAAUACACUCAGCCAGCCCUUCUCCAGUGUGUUCAGGCUACAUCUUCUCCCUUGACAAAAUUUAGGGCUGAACUGGCGAUUUCUAGGCCCCUCUGGUUAAAUAGGGUUGUGCACGCCUUGUGUGGCUCUGAUCCCCUGUAGGCAGACUUCCAGCCAUGAGUGUCCCAGCAGGAAUGAAGCAAUCCCCAGGGCUUGAGCUCUCAGGAACUUGGAUAUGUCACAAAGGUUAAGAUCAUUUUUGGGCGGGGAAGACAAUCAACUUCCUCAGGCUGCAAUAUUUGCUAGUUUUUGAAAGAGCUUUUGCAGGAAGCUGUUUGCUGUCUGUUGCAAUUGGUCAUAGCUGGUGGUGGGUGGUGAUGGAGCUACUGAAGUGCAUAAGAAAAUAGCAGCCAGACAUAAAAGUACUGGGGCUUUCUUGGAUUUUAGGGAAUUUGGGGUAAGAUAAUUAAUGAAUGACAGGUAUGUCAGCCUAUCGGCAUAGAACUUUGCCCAUCAUGUCUGCUUGUAGUAUUGAUAACUGAGAAGACUAUUUUACAUCAGCUUAUGCACUUCUCUGCCGCUGCAGUAACAAUUCUAAUAGCAACAACAACAAAAUAAAGUGGAUGAAUAUUUCUGCAAGCUGAAGGAUCAAUAUCAAUUCAAGGGUUUUUUUAUAAUGACCUUAUGUGAGAGACAAAUGGAAAUACUCUACACUUCUGGCAUGCCUCUCUCCAAAAUAUUUAGAACAUUAGUGACAAUAUUGAAAAGUUUGCUGACUGAGCUGAUCAAUGGAAUGUGAAGGCAGUUUACUUUAAGGCUAUUUUCUUUCACACAGAAUAUUUAUCUAUUAGUUUGUAUUCCACUCAACUGCAGAUAGAAGGGACAACAUGUUUUCUUGUGUGUUUCAAAUCCAUGAAGGAAAAAAUAAACCAUUCCACUAAACUACAUAGGCCAAACAGUGUCUGGGCAAGCGAUGCCAGCUGCCCAGAGGCUACGCUCUGUAAAAUAGUACAUGGGUUUGCAUAGUACUUUGCUAUGCAGUUUUCAAAAGAAAAUAAUGUAGUGUAAAACUCCAAAUUAUUCCAAUAGCUGUUUUGUAAACUUCAAUAUAUUUACAUGUCAAAAGCAAACUUUGGAAUCCAUACAGGGUUUCCACUGUCUGAAAAUACAUUCAGCUCUAGGUAUAAGCCCAUGUGUUUCUUCUUAACCAGUAUAUCAUCAGCUAGCAUAUAUUUUAUAAAAUUAAAGGAUACAUGUCAUUGUAAAAUGAGGCCACUGAAAUAAACUUCUAAAAUUCUCCUUUCACUUACACCAGUGUGAAAUUGCUAUAACCCCAAUGACUUCAGUAGAGUUUACUCCUGAUUUUCACCCAGGAGAGAAGUGAACUCCAAAAUGUAUAAGCUGUGUCUGUUGGUUUUCAUCAUCAGAUCUGCAAGCUAACAUACAUUCUAUUUACAGCACUAACUCCUUUUCAUUUUGUAUGUGUGCAUAUGUGUAUAUAAUAUUUAUAUGUACAUACACACCAAGUCCAAGUAAUAUUUUUGUCUCUUUCCUUUGAGAAGUAAAAACUUUCUUUUUGUUUAAUUGCCUGCAGAAUUAUGUGAAACACAUUCAUAACCAUGGCGCUAUUAGUAUUUCAAAAUUCAAAAAACAAACAAAAAAACCCCAGCUGUACUGGUGACUAACCAAUACAUGAACUGAAGCUCAUACUCAGCAAAGACCUUUGGUUGACAUUCGAUUUUGAACCUGCCAGAUGCAUUUUUGUGAACCAGGGAUACUGCAUCUUUAAUGAACAAGUCUCUACUCUUUCCCCUGUUUUUAAAUACAACACAAGCAGUGUAGCACUAGGCACUGCAAUUGUCAAAGACAAUUAGACUGAAAGCAGGAAAAUUUCACCUCCCUGUCUCGGUGAUAUGUAGAAUGUCGGCAGUGUGGGUCAGCCUUGCCACAGAGUUGUGUGAGAAUAUAUGAAUCAGGCCUAUAGAAUGUUAAAUAUUUAUAAAAUGCUUCUGUACUACACCAAGGUUGGGAGCAAAUUCAUUCCUUCUUGUUGUCUUAUAAUAGAAAAAAAAGAAGAAAAAGAUUAUUUCCAAACCUAAACUUUGUGGAGUUUUUUUUUCUAUUUUCUGUUUUGUUGUUUGUACUUGUGAUUUAUAUACAGUCACUAGAAACUUUUCAUUUGCUUUUUAAAAAAUAUUUUUUUCAUCAGAUGUGUAUUCAGACCUUUGUUCUUUAAAACCAUUGCUACCUCAUUGCUACAUAUUGUACAUGUAGUAUUUAUUUGUUGUCUUUUUUUGAAUGUCAUGCAUUUCGUAAGAAAAAGACUUGUCCUUGAACCUGAACAGUCUACCUCAGAAAGACUGUCUUUACACUGAACAGUAUUAACACCCUAAAUGAUAAGACGUAUUAGCGAAGUGUGGCAGGGUAGAUAAUGCAUGAGUACUUGGGAUACUGAUGGACUUUUAAUUGUACUUAUAACACAAGACUGCUUAAAGGAACUUUAAAGGAAAUUAUGCACUGUGUAGGUCUUCAUCAAGGUCCCAUUUUUGGCAUGCUAUAAGAAAAUGCAGCUUUAUUUGGCUGUACCCUUCUAUGAGAAAUUUUAGCUGUUUCAAGCAUUCUUUUGCAUUGGCAAUCUGGCUACUUUUUUUUUUUUAUAAUAACCUGUUCUAUUGACUGAGGUACAGUACUCGGCUCUUAAAUUUUAAAACAAAUUAUAGUACUUAGAAUUAUUUUUAUCUGCAGUCUUCAGUGAUGUAAAAUGUCUCACACUGUAAUUCUGUGACUCCCUGUAUAAUUAAUGAAAACAAACUGUUAUUGUAAGAGUCUGUGCAAGGUUUUAACAUAAACCAAAAAAACAAAAAAGGCACUUCCCAAAGGAUUUAACACAUAUGGAGUCAAGGUGCUCACAAGUUCUGUAAUCAAAAGUAUUUAUAUUGCUGAUUCUGCUUUAUAAACAUGUAUUUGCUUUUUGAAAUAUUGUACAACUAAUGGCACAUUGGAUUACUUUGUAUGAAGUAUUUUAUAUUUUAAUAUUUAUUUUCGCAUCAGUCCUCUCUCUCUCUCUCUCUCUCUUUCUUUUUCAACAGCUCUACAUUACUGUAGGAAAAGAACACAUUAAAAAAAUGCUGAAAAGAGUCCACCAUCCAAUCGAUGAAUGGACUUUUGAAGUUGCUUGUCAGCAAAUUGUGGAUAUUUUACAAAAGCAAAUGAACUGUGACAAUCCACAACUCCCACAGAUGUGAAUUCAGAAAUACAUCUGAAAAUCCUGGUAUGCCUGACAAUCUGUUCUUUAAAUUCCAUUAACAAAGUGGCAUCCAAUCCUUUCACUUGCAGUUCCUUGCAGGAGUAUAUUGUCUAGAGGCUGUCUAGUAGUGAUUAAGAGGUGGGGAUUUUCUUUUUGUUUGUUUACUGUAGUAGGUGAGGGACGCCAUAUUUCUUGUCAGCUAAUAAUACUUGUCUGAGACAAAAAUUUAAAAAACCACAACUAAUUAAAAUUUCUGUGCACUUUUCUUUCCUGGCCAUAUUGAUUUUAUUUGCUUAAAUUGAAACAAUAUAUUGGGUUUGACCAGAUUUUACCCUUCACAAGAAGGAAGGACCUAUAUAGUACAUGUUUCUUUGGGUUAUUCUGGUACUAUUUGCUUAUUUGUUCUGCAAAUUCAAAAUCAUUUUUGUUGUGCAUUAUUUUGCAUCUGCUGAAACUAAAUGUGUUGUUAUUGCACUCAUUAAAAAUGAAACAAUCCAUUUCUCUUGGAAAAAAUGACAAGCUUUAGAUGAUGAAAGCUUAAAUUAUCCAUCACUUUCAAAAUGAAUUCAUAUAAUUUGCGAACAUUAUUAAUGUAAAUGAGACAUUUCUGCUUAGAUUUUUUUUAUUUUGAUGGGAUCAUUAUAUGGUUGAUCAUAUGUGUAUAGGAAGCUGCUGUACAAUUAACUUGGAGAUCUGAAAAUGCUUUUUUGUCUUCAUUGUUACAGUUUCAAUUGUAAUCCAUUGCAUCUCAUUUUCUUGGGUGUUGGCACUGUAAUAUUAAAAAAAAAAUAAAAAAAUCAGUGCUCAGUAUUGUAACUAACUGUCCCUACUGAAUAUUCCUUUUCAUAAAUACUUGCUACCACAGGGAAAUUAAGUUUUCAUAUAGAAUAACUAGUUUCAAUAGUAACCAUUGAAGAAUUAAAAAUAAAAGUUGUGGUUCAAGGCAGAUAUUUUUAUGAAAAGUUUUCUCUAUUGUAAAAUUUGUUGUAUAUGGCUAUGCUACUAUCAUGGAAUAAGAAAAGAACAAGCAUACCUCAAAUAAAAAAAACUUCUGAGUUAAAA